GCUGGCCAAGCCGAGGUCUGUGAUUGGUGAAGAGCGACGGGCCAAUUGGAGGAGUUGUUGUUAGGCCGUCCCGGAGACCCGGUCGGGAGGGAGGAAGGUGGCAAGAUGGUGUUGGAAAGCACUAUGGUGUGUGUGGACAACAGUGAGUAUAUGCGGAAUGGAGACUUCUUACCCACCAGGCUGCAGGCCCAGCAGGAUGCUGUCAACAUAGUUUGUCAUUCAAAGACCCGCAGCAACCCUGAGAACAACGUGGGCCUUAUCACACUGGCUAAUGACUGUGAAGUGCUGACCACACUCACCCCAGACACUGGCCGUAUCCUGUCCAAGCUACAUACUGUCCAACCCAAGGGCAAGAUCACCUUCUGCACGGGCAUCCGCGUGGCCCAUCUGGCUCUGAAGCACCGACAAGGCAAGAAUCACAAGAUGCGCAUCAUUGCCUUUGUGGGAAGCCCAGUGGAGGACAAUGAGAAGGAUCUGGUGAAACUGGCUAAACGCCUCAAGAAGGAGAAAGUAAAUGUUGACAUUAUCAAUUUUGGGGAAGAGGAAGUGAACACAGAAAAGCUGACAGCCUUUGUAAACACGUUGAAUGGCAAAGAUGGAACCGGUUCUCAUCUGGUGACAGUGCCUCCUGGGCCCAGUUUGGCUGAUGCUCUCAUCAGUUCUCCGAUUUUGGCUGGUGAAGGUGGUGCCAUGCUGGGUCUUGGUGCCAGUGACUUUGAAUUUGGAGUAGAUCCCAGUGCUGAUCCUGAGCUGGCCUUGGCCCUUCGUGUAUCUAUGGAAGAGCAGCGGCAGCGGCAGGAGGAGGAGGCCCGGCGGGCAGCUGCAGCUUCUGCUGCUGAGGCCGGGAUUGCUACGACUGGGACUGAAGGUGAAAGAGACUCAGACGAUGCCCUGCUGAAGAUGACCAUCAGCCAGCAAGAGUUUGGCCGCACUGGGCUUCCUGACCUAAGCAGUAUGACUGAGGAAGAGCAGAUUGCUUAUGCCAUGCAGAUGUCCCUGCAGGGAGCAGAGUUUGGCCAGGCGGAAUCAGCAGACAUUGAUGCCAGCUCAGCCAUGGACACAUCCGAGCCAGCCAAGGAGGAGGAUGAUUACGACGUGAUGCAGGACCCCGAGUUCCUUCAGAGUGUCCUAGAGAACCUCCCAGGUGUGGAUCCCAACAAUGAAGCCAUUCGAAAUGCUAUGGGCUCCCUGGCCUCCCAGGCCACCAAGGACGGCAAGAAGGACAAGAAGGAGGAAGACAAGAAGUGAGACUGGAGGGAAAGGGUAGCUGAGUCUGCUUAGGGGACUGCAUGGGAAGCACGGAAUAUAGGGUUAGAUGUGUGUUAUCUGUAACCAUUACAGCCUAAAUAAAGCUUGGCAACUUUU